GGGCCCAAGUCGUAGAAGUAGGGAUUGGAGGCUUGCCUGGCGCACAGAGCUUAUAUCACAGCGCUAACAGACAGCGCUGAGCGUCAUUUGGACUCUCGCCUCUGACGGGCGCAUCACGUCUCUGGCUCCGCCGGACGCACAUGCACCAAGUCAUCGAAGGAGGGACGGACCGCGACCCAAACACACUAACUGGUCCCCUGUCACUUGCUAUCAGAGAGACUUUUGGCUUUUUCCUCUGCUGGGAGACGCUUCGUAGAAGUCCUCCAUGAUGCUUGGAGCAGUUAAAAUGGAAGGACACGAACAUACCGACUGGAGCGCCUACUACGGAGAGCCCGAGUGUUACACCUCGGUUGGCAACAUGAACACCGGCCUGGGAAUGAACUCCAUGAAUACCUACAUGAGCAUGUCCGGCAUGAGCACCACGGCCAACAUGACGGCCAACUCCAUGAACAUGUCCUACGUCAACACCGGCAUGAGCCCUUCCAUGACGGGCAUGUCGCCGGGCACCGGAGCGAUGAACGGUAUGGGCGCGGGCAUGACGGCCAUGAGCGCAGCGCUGAGCCCGAGCAUGAGCCCCAUGACCGCGCAGCCCGCCUCCAUGAACGCCCUCACGUCGUACACCAACAUGAACGCAAUGAGCCCCAUUUACGGACAGUCCAACAUCAACAGAUCCAGAGACCCCAAGACUUACCGCCGGAGCUACACGCACGCCAAACCCCCCUACUCCUACAUCUCCCUCAUCACCAUGGCCAUCCAGCAGUCUCCCAGCAAGAUGCUGACGCUGGCAGAGAUCUACCAGUGGAUAAUGGACCUGUUCCCCUUUUACCGACAGAACCAGCAGCGCUGGCAGAACUCCAUCCGCCACUCUCUGUCGUUUAAUGACUGUUUCCUCAAAGUGCCCCGGUCGCCCGACAAACCCGGCAAGGGUUCCUUUUGGACUCUCCACCCGGACUCCGGGAACAUGUUCGAGAACGGCUGCUACCUGAGGAGGCAGAAGCGCUUCAAGUGCGAGAAGAAGAUGUCGCUGAAGGACGGCGGGCGAAAGUCGGGAGACGGCGGCUCCUCCAACAGCAGCUCGGAGAGCUGCAACGGCAACGAGUCGCCGCAUUCCAACUCCUCCUCCGGCGACCACAAAAGGUCCCUGUCGGACAUGAAGGGGAGCCAGGCCCUGAGCCCGGAGCACGUCGCCGCGGCCGCCGCAGCAGCCGCCGCCGCCGCCGCCGCGUCGCCGGUGUCGCAGGGGCAGCACCUCAUGUCGCAGCAUCACUCCGUCCUGGCGCACGACGCUCACCUAAAGCCGGAGCACCACUACUCGUUCAACCACCCGUUCUCCAUCAAUAACCUCAUGUCCUCGGAGCAGCAGCAUCAUCACAAAAUGGACCUGAAAACGUACGAGCAGGUGAUGCACUACUCCGGGUACGGGUCCCCGAUGGCCGGGGCGCUUUCUAUGGGCUCCAUGGCGGGGAAAGCCGGCCUGGACUCCGCGUCUAUACCCGACACGUCUUACUACCAGGGCGUCUAUUCCAGGCCGAUCAUGAACUCCUCAUAAAGCCCGUGGACUCUCUUCGCCAUAGCUUUGUACAUUUGUAAAAAACAAAAACGGAAAAAAAUAUAGACUGUGUAUAAUAUGUAUUUUUGACGUUUGCCACCGUUUUAGUUGUCAAGUUUGUUAGUAGGCUAAUUGCUUAUUUUGAAGGAGAAGAUGUGGAGGAUGACAAAAAAAAAAAAAAAAAAGGAUGAAAAUGUGACGAGAUCUGUUCGACUGAACUGGACCCCAAAGAUAAAAACAAGAAAACAAGUUGCUGUAAGAUAGCUGACACCCGCUCAUCGGGAUUCCUAAAUGAACUUAAAUGCAUCACAGGAUUUGUUCAAUCAUUUGUGUAAUUCCUAUUUAUGGCUUGUAUAUGUGUAUUCUUGUAGUGACAAGAACAGAAUCUAUAUUAAAGUGUUACUGGUUUUGUUUUCUGAA